AUGGCUUGUUCUUACGUAUUAACACCAAACCCAACCAAACUCAAUCUCUCUUUUGCACCGUCCGAUCUCGACGCUCCUUCUCCGUCUUCCUCCGUUAGUUUCACCAACAACACUAGAACACAAGGACGCCGUAAACUUAUCUCUUCUCCAAACUCCUCCGUCUCAGGAGACAGUACUCCAGCUCUACUGAAUUUCCCAAAUUACCCUUCUCCGAACCCCAUAAUUCCCGAGAAGGACACUUCACGUUGGAACCCUCUCCAACGCGCCGCCUCCGCCGCUCUCGACUUCGCCGAAACCGCAUUGCUUAGACGCGAACGUUCUAAACCUCUUCCUAAAACCGUUGAUCCUCGCCAUCAGAUCUCCGGUAACUACGCUCCGGUUCCGGAGCAACCCGUUAAAUCAUCUAUCUCCGUUGAUGGCAAAAUCCCUGACUGCAUUGACGGCGUUUACCUUCGUAACGGCGCUAAUCCACUCUUCGAACCUGUUUCUGGUCAUCAUCUGUUCGACGGUGACGGUAUGGUUCACGCCGUUAAAAUUAGUAAUGGAGAAGCGAGUUACUCGUGCCGGUUUACGGAAACCGAGAGAUUGGUUCAGGAGAAACAACUCGGUUCGCCGAUCUUUCCUAAAGCCAUAGGUGAGCUACACGGCCACACCGGAAUCGCGCGGCUGAUGUUGUUUUACGCACGUGGUUUGUUCGGUUUAUUAAAUCACAAAAACGGAACCGGAGUUGCUAACGCCGGUUUGGUUUAUUUUCACGACCGGUUAUUAGCUAUGUCCGAAGAUGAUCUACCUUACCAAGUCCGUAUCACCGACAAUGGCGAUUUAGAGACGGUCGGAAGAUUCGAUUUCGACGGUCAGUUAAACUCCGCCAUGAUCGCUCACCCUAAAAUCGAUCCAGAGACGAAGGAGCUAUUCGCUUUAAGCUACGACGUGGUUAAGAAACCGUAUUUGAAAUACUUCAGAAUCUCGCCGGACGGUGAGAAAUCGCCGGACGUUGAGAUCCCUCUCGCCAGUCCGACGAUGAUGCACGAUUUCGCGAUCACCGAGAAUUUCGUCGUGAUUCCUGAUCAACAAGUUGUGUUUCAGCUCUCCGAUAUGAUUCUCGGGAAAUCUCCGGUUAAAUACGACGGAGAGAAAAUUUCCCGGUUUGGGAUUUUGCCGAGAAACGCUAAAGACGCGUCGGAGAUGGUAUGGGUCGAAUCACCGGAGACUUUUUGUUUCCAUCUAUGGAACGCUUGGGAGUCACCGGAGACCGACGAGGUAGUGGUGAUCGGAUCUUGUAUGACUCCGGCGGAUUCGAUCUUUAACGAGUGCGACGAGCAGCUCAACAGUGUUUUGUCUGAGAUCCGGUUAAAUCUAAAAACCGGGAAAUCAACGCGAAGAACCAUAAUUCCUGGUUCGGUUCAGAUGAAUUUAGAAGCGGGUAUGGUAAACCGAAACCUUCUGGGGAGAAAAACCCGGUACGCGUACUUAGCGAUAGCUGAACCGUGGCCUAAAGUGUCAGGAUUCGCUAAAGUUGAUCUUUCAACGGGAGAAGUUAAAAACCACUUUUACGGCGGUAAAAAAUACGGAGGCGAACCUUUUUUCUUACCUAGAGGGUUAGAAUCAGACGGAGAAGAUGACGGUUACAUAAUGUCGUUUGUUCAUGACGAGGAGAGUUGGGAAUCGGAGCUACAGAUUGUAAACGCCGUUACGUUGGAACUAGAAGCAACCGUUAAAUUGCCGUCAAGAGUACCGUAUGGUUUCCACGGCACGUUUGUGAAUUCGAGUGAUAUGUUAAACCAGGCUUAGUAUGAAGUAAACCGAAACCGGUUAUGGUUUGGUUUAUUGUGCAGAUGCAGAUUUUAUAGUUUUUAUUUUAGCAGAUAAGAUAUUUUUUUCUUUUGUGAAGCGGUGGGAAGCCAGCUUGAAGCUUGUGUAAGUAGAAGUUUUGCUUGCUCAGCUGGUUUCUGUUGCAUUUUUUUUCUGGUGUAUUAAUAUAAAAUUCAAU